ACGCGGUCUCAUUGACAAUACCAAGCUGACCAUGUAGCACGCCUUCACCUAUGCCUGACCACAGGCACAAAUACCCUAACACAUCAUGAGGUAUACGAAUGUGUUUGCGACGGCAUUACUGUUGCUGCCGAACCUCAUUUCAGCCCAGCAGACAGACCAGAUUGUCCUGCAAGGCAGCAAUGCGAACCAUGGCGGUGCUGCGGAUGUCAAACCCAUCAACAUCGCCAUUAUAGGCGCCGGCGCCGCGGGCUCAUCAGCAGCCUACCACCUCCACCAAUAUGGCAUCACCUCUCGAGUGCCCCUCAACCUCACUGUCUUCGAGCGCAAUGAUUACAUUGGCGGUCGCUCAACCACCGUCGGUGCAUACGAUGACCCUGCAUUGCCUGUCGAGCUUGGCGCCAGUAUAUUCGUCGAAAUCAACCAUAUUCUUGCCGAUGCUAUUACCAAAUUCAAUCUGAGCACUACGGACUUCAAUGACAAUCCGAAAGGUACUCCAGGGAACGAGCUCGGUAUCUGGGACGGAGAGCGAUUCGUUCUCGAAAUCAAUGGAGGCUGGUGGGAUACAGCUAAGCUCAUAUGGAAAUAUGGAAUGGCUCCGAUCAAGACGCAGAGGUUGAUGAAGAGCGUGGUUGGGAAGUUCUUGAGAAUGUAUAACGCGCAGGAAGAUGUCGAAGAGCCAGGUGUGUUUCCAUUCAAGAGCUUGACUCAAGCGGCGCAGGAUGUAGGAUUGCUGGCUGUCACCGCGGCUACCGGCGAGCAGUUCAUCCGUGAGAAUGGUAUUACAGGAAACUUUGGGAAGCAUGUAGUGCAAGCGAGCACAAGAGUCAACUAUGCACAGAACCUGAAAUACAUUCACGGGCUGGAGGCAAUGGUCUGCAUGGCUACAGAGGGCGCUGUGGCUGUGGAGGGUGGAAAUUGGAGGAUCUUUGACAAAAUGCUUCACGCGAGUGGUGCUGCUGUCCAUUUGGAGACGGGCGUGAAAGAGGUACAAAAGACCGAAGAAGGCGGAUACACGCUGUCGCUUGAAAGCGUGGAGGAUAGCAUGACCAUCGAAGAGGACUUCGACAUUGUCAUUCUCGCCGGGCCAUAUCAAUACUCCAACAUGACCCUGCCAGCCUCUGCCGACAUUCCAGACACGAUCCCAUACGUCUCCCUCCAUGUCACCCUAUUUGCCUCCCCACACCUCCUCUCGCCGACCUUCUUCAAUCUUGCGUCGGACCAGAAUCCACCCCAAGUGAUUCUUACGACACUCGCCGACUCCGAAACACCUGGCAAAGGCAACAUGACGGUCGGAAGUCCUGGCUUCCUCUCCAUCUCCCUCCUCCGCCCGAUCAUUAGCCCCAAUACCGGAGUCGAUGAAUACCUAUACAAGAUCUUCUCAUCCGAGCCAGUGUCUGCACCAUGGCUUGCAAAGCUUCUUGGCGUCGACCACCUUCCCGACAACCAAGGUGAUGAGAUCAGCAAGAGGGAUGUGACGUGGAUGUACAGGAAGGUGUGGAACUCUUAUCCCUACGAGUAUCCUAGAGUCACAUUUGAGGAGCUGAAAUUGGACGAUGGAAUCUGGUAUACCGGUGGGAUGGAUAGCUUCAUCAGUACGAUGGAGACGAAUGCACUGAUGGGUAAGAAUGUGGCAAGGUUGAUUGUGGAUGAGCUCGUGGAGAAGAUGGGAAGAGUGAAGGAUGAGGGCGAUGGAGAGUGGGUGUUGCUGGAUGAGAAUGAUCGCGACGAGAAGCUGAUUGACGUCCUUUUCCAUGAUAUGGAUCGUGCCUUUGAGCAAGCGAAGUUGUUCAUCCAGCGGGAGCAUCUAGAGAAAUCGCAAUGCUUCAUCCCACAACUCGCCGCCAUGUCUCCAGCCAACCAUGUCAUCAAACUUGCGCGGGCGAUGAGCUCGAAGGUGCUCCAGCAUUACUUCCACUUCCUUGUCACCGGUCGUACAGUCAAUGGCAACGGCCGCACGUUGUCGCUCGCUUAUCUUUUCGGCGACGAAAUCAAAGAUGCAGACUUCACGGCUGUUAUGGCUUGCGCGCUCCAGGCCCAGCUCAAAUCGGAAAAGGUAGCCAUCCACAGCCCGGCAGUGACGGCAAUCUACUCCGCACGUGAGAAGGGAAGCGCGGCACGCAGGAUGGUCGUCGACUUCUUCUACUGUCACGGACGGCCGCAUUGGUUCAAUGAACGAGAAUGGAAGGGAUAUCCAAAGGAGUUCUUGCAAGAUCUUGUGGUCAAGAUGAUGGCGAAGAAUGAGAGCGAGGAAGAAUACGGGCGUCAGCGGGAGGAAGGGCAGAAGGAAUGGGGGCCGGGCAAAAAGCGCAAGGCAGACAUGCUGGACACAAAUGAUCUGCGAAGCCGCUGAGACGUGUAUGGUGAGGACACGCUCAGUCUGCGUUCUACGAUGGUUGUAAGACUCUGUGAUGGGAUUAGAGUAUGCUGGUGACCUGGCACUGGCUCUGGUGACUGACGAGCUGCCCCAUGAAGCCGCCCACUUCGCGAUAAUAAAGCAUAAGAAACAACGGAUAGUAAGUCAGUGCAUGUGACAAGAG